AUGGCGACGUUUGCUUGUGUCGAUGAUGGCAAUUUGCUGUCAGUGGCCGAAUUUGAGGUGUUUUUGAGUUUUAGAGGCCCCGAUACCCGCCUCAAUUUCACUGAUUGCCUCUAUCACUCCUUGGUCGGAGCUGGGAUUCGUGUCUUCAAAGACAAUGAAGAGAUCCGAAAGGGCAAAAAGAUUGCAGGCAAACUUCUGCAUGCCAUUGAAUCCUCCAAAAUAUACUUGCCCAUUUUCUCUAGGACCUACACAUCUAGUAAGUGGUGUCUCCGCGAGCUCACAUACAUACUAGAGUGCUCAAGCAAAGCAAAUGACAAAGUGAUUCUACCCAUAUUCUAUGACGUGAAUCCCGAUGAUGUAAAGCUCAAAACUCGAUUGUACCUCGAUGUUCUGAAGAAGCAUGAGAAGGAGUUUGGCCUCGAUGAGAUUCGGCAAUGGAAGGAAGCUUUGACCGAGGUCGCAAGAAUCAAGGGUUGGGGCAUGAAGGACAAAGGAUAA